AGACCCGCGAGAUGGCGCCAAGGAGGAACGGGCAGUGCUGGCGGCCGCUGCUGCUGCUUUCCGUCUCCGCGCUUCUCCCGGCUGUCACCCGGACCCGCUCCGCGACAGAAUUGGCUUCCCAGAGCCCCCUGGACCUCACGGAGCUCAUCGGCGUCCCGCUGCCCUCAUCCGUGUCCUUUGUGACGGGCUACGGUGGCUUCCCGGCCUACAGCUUUGGGCCUGGCGCCAACGUGGGCCGCCCGGCCAGGACCCUUAUCCCGCCCACCUUCUUCAGGGACUUUGCCAUCAGCGUCACGGUGAAGCCCAACAGUGCCCAAGGCGGAGUGCUCUUUGCCAUCACUGAUGCCUUCCAGAAGGUCAUCUACCUGGGCCUGCGGCUUUCGGACGUGGAGGAUGGCCGCCAGCGGGUCAUCCUCUACUACACGGAGCCUGGCUCCCACGUGUCCCAUGAGGCUGCCGCCUUCCUCGUGCCCGUGAUGACCCACAGGUGGAACCGCUUUGCCGUGAUCGUCCGGGACGAAGAAGUGGCCCUCCUCGUGGGCUGUGAGGAGCACAGCCAUGUCCUCUUCCAGCGGUCUUCCCGGCCCUUGGCUUUCGAGCCCAGUGCGGGAAUCUUCGUGGGCAACGCGGGAGCCACGGGGCUGGACAAAUUUACGGGCUCCAUACAGCAGCUCACCAUCCAUGCUGACCCCAGGACUCCUGAGGAUCUGUGUGAAGCUCAAGAAUCCUCGGCGUCAGGAGAGACCAGCGGGCUCCAGGAGACAGACGGAGUAGCUGAGAUCUUGGAAGCCGUCACCUACACCCAAGCCCCGUCUAAAGAAGCAAAAGUUGAACCCAUAAACACACCUCCAACUCCAUCCUCUCUCUCUGAGGAUGCGGAGCUUUCCGGCGAGCCUGUACCUGAGGGGACCCCGGAAACCACCAACUUCAGCGAGCCUGUACCUGAGGGGACCCCAGAAACCACCAACUUGAGUGUCAUCCUGCACAGCAGCCCUGAGCAAGGGUCUGGUGAGAUCCUGAACGACACGCUGGAAGGAGUUCAUACUGUGGACGGUGCCCCCAUCACGGACAUUGGCUCGGGGGAUGGGACCUUCUUUCAUGUCACUGAAGAGGGUCUGCAUCCUGAAGAAGGUUUGGCAACAACAGCAGCAGCCGGGGACGCCGAGGUGCCCAUCGGCACUGCUGCGGAAGCAGAGGCCGGCAGUGUGUCCACUGGGGGACCGACCCUCUCUACGUUCACUGAGGAUGCUGGGGAAGGGGUCACUUCAGGUCUGGAUACUGAGGAAGGUUCGGCAGCAACAGCAGCCGAGGAGGCCGAGGUGCCCGUCAGCACUGCCUGGGAAGCAGAGGCCGACAGUGUGCCCACUGGGGGACCAAUCCUCUCCAUGUCCACCCACGACCCUGGGGAAGGGGUCGCUCUGGGUCCAAUCAGUGAAGAAAGCUUGACAACAGCAGCAGCUGCAUCAGAAGUGCCCCUCAGCAUUUUUGAGGAAGAGGAGGCCAGCGGGGUCCCCACGGAUGACCUGGUUCCCCUCACCCCUACAGCGGCCGCUGAGCAGGUGGUCCCUUCUGGUCCUGGUGAUGAAGAAGACUUAGCAGCAGCCACAACAGAGGAGCCCCUUACAGUGGCUGGGGCAGAGGAGUUGGGUGGCACUCUGCCCGAGGGGCCCCCGCUCCCCAUACCCACAGUGGCUCCUGAGAGAUGGGUCACUCCGGGUGACACUGAGGAGGGGCUUCCUGGCCCCGCUGGAACUGCCGGGCCUGCUGGACCCACGGUGGGAGCGGAGGCUGAGGGCUCUGGCCUGGGCGGGGGCUUGGACUUCAGCUCUGGCUCUGGUGACCUGGCGCACAGCGAGGAGGAGCUGUUGAGAGGUCCCCCAGGCCCCCCGGGCCCACCUGGCUUACCUGGGAUUCCAGGAAAACCAGGAACUGAUGUUUUCGUGGGACCCCCUGGAUCUCCUGGAGAGGAUGGAGCUGCUGGUGAACCCGGGCCCCCGGGCCCUGAGGGACAGCCUGGACUUGAUGGAGCCUCCGGCCUUCCUGGAAUGAAAGGGGAGAAGGGAGCAAGAGGGCCUAAUGGCUCAGUUGGUGAAAAGGGUGACCCCGGCAGCAGAGGCUUACCAGGACCCCCGGGGAAGAACGGACAAGUGGGCACUCCUGGGGUCAUGGGACCCCCAGGGCCUCCUGGACCCCCCGGGCCCCCAGGCCCUGGAUGUGCAAUGGGACUUGGAUUUGAGGAUACCGAAGGCUCCGGAAGCAUCAGGCUGUUGCAUGAACCCAGAAUCUCCGGACCGGUGGCUUCAAGUGGUCCCAAAGGAGAAAAAGGAGACCAGGGACCCAAGGGUGACAGAGGGAUGGAUGGAGCCAGCAUUGUGGGACCCCCUGGGCCCAGGGGCCCGCCAGGGCGCAUUGAGAUCUUGUCUAGUUCUUUGAUCAACGUCACCGAUGGAUUCAUGAAUCUCUCGGGCAUUCCUGAGCUCAUCGGGCGUCCGGGCCCAGUGGGCAUGCCUGGGCUGCCAGGAUUUCCAGGCCCUAGAGGACCAAAAGGUGACACUGGCCUGCCUGGAUUUCCAGGACUAAAAGGAGAACAGGGCGAGAAGGGAGAGCCGGGCACCAUCCUGACUGGGGACGUUCCUCUGGAAAGCCUGAGGGGGAAGAAGGGUGAACCUGGAGUGCAUGGUGCCCCGGGACCAAUGGGGCCCAAAGGACCGCCAGGACACAAAGGAGAAUUUGGCCUCCCCGGACGACCUGGUCGCCCAGGACUGAAUGGCCUCAAGGGCGCCAAAGGAGAUCGAGGGGUCAUGAUGCCGGGCCCACCUGGCUUACCUGGUCCUCCUGGCCCCCCUGGUCCCCCUGGAGCUGUGAUUAACAUCAAAGGAGCCAUCUUCCCAGUACCAGUCCGGCCGCACUGCAAAACGCCAGUUGGUACCGCUCAUCCUGGAACUUCAGAACUCAUCACCUUUCAUGGUGUUAAAGGAGAGAAAGGAUCCUGGGGUCUUCCUGGCUCAAAAGGAGAAAAAGGCGACCAGGGGGCCCAGGGACCACCAGGCCCUCCAGUGGAUCCAGCCUACCUGAGACAUUUUCUGAACACCUUGAAGGGGGAGAAUGGAGACUGGGGGAUCAAAGGAGAAAAAGGAGACUCUAACAGUGACUUCUCUGUGUCAGGACCUCCAGGCCUGCCGGGAAAUCCAGGCCUGGUUGGCCAGAAAGGGGAGACUGUUGUUGGGCCCCAGGGACCCCCGGGUGCUCCUGGGCUGCCUGGGCCACCUGGCUUUGGAAGACCUGGUUCCCCUGGGCCACCAGGACCUCCGGGGCCACCAGGACCUCCAGCUAUCCUGGGAGCAGCCGUGGCCCUUCCAGGCCCACCUGGCCCUCCAGGACAGCCAGGGCUUCCCGGAUCCAGAAACCUGGUCACAGCAUUUAGCAACAUGGAUGACAUGCUGCAGAACGCGCAUUUGGUUAUAGAAGGGACCUUCAUCUACCUGAGGGACAGCACCGAGUUUUUCAUUCGUGUCAGAGAUGGUUGGAAAAAAUUACAGCUGGGAGACCUGAUCCCCAUUCCUGCCGACAGCCCUCCGCCCCCUGCGCUUUCCAGCAACCCGCAUCAGCCUCAGGCUCCACUGACGUCUCUUUCCAGUGUCAGUUAUGAGAGGCCUGCACUGCACUUGGUUGCUCUGAACACGCCAUUUUCUGGGGACAUUCGAGCUGAUUUUCAGUGCUUCCAACAGGCCAGGGCUGCAGGACUGUUGUCCACCUACCGAGCUUUCUUAUCUUCCCAUUUGCAAGAUCUCUCCACAGUUGUGAGGAAAGCAGAGAGAUACAGCCUUCCAAUAGUGAACCUAAAGGGCCAAGUACUUUUUAAUAAUUGGGACUCAAUUUUUUCUGGCCACGGAGGUCAGUUCAAUACACAUGUUCCAAUAUACUCCUUUGAUGGCCGAGACGUAAUGACAGAUCCUUCUUGGCCCCAGAAGGUCGUUUGGCACGGCUCCAGCACCCAUGGAGUGCGUCUUGUGGAUAAGUACUGUGAAGCGUGGCGAACCGCGGACAUGGCAGUCACGGGGCUGGCCUCCCCACUGAGCACGGGGAAGAUUCUGGACCAGAAAGCAUAUAGCUGUGCUAAUAGGCUAAUUGUUCUGUGUAUUGAAAACAGUUUCAUGACAGACGCUAGGAAGUAGUGACCUUCUGAUGAUUCUGAAAGAGUUUUCCAAUUUUUCUGAUGUGAAGAGUUGACACUGAAAUCUAAAAUGUUUAAAUGUUGUAAAUAUUAGUUUUUUAUUACACAUUCGUCACAACAGCAACCAAAGAAAACAUACCUCAAUACACUCAAAACUGAAGGCAUAAAGGACUCAGAUCAAAGAUAAAAUCUGAUCCAUAUAUUGGUGCUAGAUUCUGCAGGAAACCCCGGCAGUGUGAACACAUCCAAGCAUGGGUAAGAGCGAUUUGGAAAGAAAGGCCUUGGCGUUCCGCCCACUGCAUCCUUCAGAAAGUAAUUUCCUCCUUUUAACCAGUUGAGUGUAAGAUGUCCUUCAUGUUUUCAUGCAAAGUCUCAGUUUAGAAAUGUUACCCUUUUCUAAGUUAUGUGCAGACCGACUGCUUUAUUCUUUAAUAUACAUCCAUCAUUUGCAACUGCCGUUCAUACAGAGAAACAAAACUGCUCAAAUGAUCCUAUUUGUAUUUUCUGAUAUUACCAUACUUUGAUUUUUUUCCUAAAAUAUUAUUGCCAUCAUGCUUUAGGAGUUUUAUAUUUUUAUACAAUCAUAUUUAGUACGGCAUCUGUUUAUAUAACUUUGACUUGCUGGAAAAGUUUAAACUCCAAAUUAUCUGAAACUAGAAAAGAAAUAGCACAUAAUUACCACCUUUCCCUUGGCGGCCCUUCCAGCCAACCCCCACCCCGGAUUUUACGACUUCCAUUUGGCAACUCUUGAAUUAUCGCUGCGAUUAAACGAGCAGGUUCAUGAGGAUGAAUUUUCUAAGACACAUAUAUCUUCAGGCUGUAUACUUUGAUUCUUUUUCCAUGUAAGUGAACAUAAAAACAUCUUUUCCAGGCA